AUGGAUGAAGAUGAGAAGGACAGGGCAAAGAGGGCAUCACGCAACAAAUCUGAAAAGAAGAGGAGAGACCAGUUCAAUGUCCUCAUCAAAGAGCUUUGCACAAUGCUACAGGGCCACGGCCACCCUCUCAAGAUGGACAAGUCCACAAUACUGCAGAGGACCAUUGACUUCUUACAGAAACAGAAAGAAAUCACAGCACAGACAGAAGCCUGUGAGAUUAGACAAGACUGGAAGCCUUCAUUUCUUAGCAACGAGGAGUUCACCCAGUUGAUGUUAGAGGCACUAGACGGCUUUCUCAUUGCUCUUACCACUGAUGGGAUUAUUAUUUAUGUAUCUGAUAGUGUUUCGUCUCUGCUUGGACACUUACCGUCAGAUUUGGUGGACCAAAAUAUAUUAAACUUUCUGCCUGAGCGGGAGCAGAGCGAGGUGUACAAGCUCCUUUCUCCACAUGUGCUCAUGACAGAUCCUGUUGCAGCUGAUUUUCUAAAUGCAGAAAAACAAGUAGAGUUUUGCUGCCAUUUAGCAAGAGGCAGCUUAGAUCCAAAUGAACCCCUGAUGUAUGAAUAUGUGAAAUUUGUAGUGGAUUUUAAAUAUUUUACUCAUGUGCCUACACCCUCCUGUAAUGGCUUUGAGUCAGCUAUUGCACGAGCUUUCAGGUCAGCCACGGAGGAGCAGAUUUGCCUUGUAGCAACUGUUCGUCUUGUCACACCGCAGUUCUUAAAGGAGCUCUGCAAUGUUGAAGAGCCAUGUGAAGAAUUUACAUCGAGGCAUAGUUUGGAAUGGAAGUUUUUAUUCUUGGACCACAGGGCUCCACCUAUUAUAGGUUAUUUACCCUUUGAGGUUCUGGGAACGUCAGGGUAUGAUUACUACCACGCAGAUGACCUGGAGCUUCUUGCUAGGUGCCAUGAACACUUGAUGCAGUUUGGAAAAGGAAAGUCCUGUUACUAUCGGUUCUUGACCAAAGGCCAGCAGUGGAUAUGGCUGCAGACACACUACUACAUCACCUACCACCAGUGGAAUUCCAAACCCGAGUUCAUUGUUUGCACUCACCUGGUAGUUAGUUAUGCAGAAGUUCGAGCUGAAAGAAGGCGAGAUCUUGGCCUUGAAGAGUCAUCAAUUGAACUGGCAUCCUCUUCUCUAAAGAGCCACAGCAGCUACCUGGACGUGGGGCAGUGCGGCAGCAGCCAGGACGCCAGCCGGGAAGGAGUGUCACUGUCGUCCCACAGCUCCCGGCGCUCCUCGCACACCGCCCUCUCCGACUCCGCAUCCACGUCGUCCAUGCGACACACGGACACCAGCACGCCCACCCGGUUGUCGGUGCCAGGGGGGCAGGUGGAGAAGGCAGCCCUGCGGCUGGCGUCAGCUGGAAGUGCUCAGGUUGUGUACCAUUUCCCGACCCAGCUGGGGAUGAUGCAUCAGCUGAAAGAGCAGCUGGAGGAGAGGACUCGCAUACUGCAGGCUGACAUCAAGACACAGCAAGAAGAGCUCCACGUCAUCAAGGAGCAGCUCCAGCUAGUGCAGGACUCCAACCUGCAGAUGCUGAUGCAGCAGCCGAUCCCCGUCGUCUUUAACAACGUGCAGCACCCAAGCCCCAGGAGGCCGCCACCGCCAGGGACACCCAGGCAGACCACAGCCAAGAAGUCACAACAGCAAGGCCUUAUGGGGACGAAGCACUACUGCAGCACCCCCCUGCCGUCACCGCGCCAAUUCCUCAGGGACCCCUGCGGCACAGCCGCCCAGGUACAGCAGCAGCAGCAGCAGCACGUAAUGAGAGGAAACCAAGCCCAGCAAACGGGUCUGCCGGGGCAGACGAGCAUUUCGGUGCCCCUCUACAACAACCCCAUGGUGUUUUCGCAAGCUCAUCCCGUUACAGUGGCUGCACAGAUGCCGACUGACGGCAGCGAAAGGCAACCGCAGUCUGACUACAGCCAGGACAGGAGCCUCAGGAUGCUGUUGGAUCAGUCUGUCCAAGCCAUGAUGCCCGCUGCCAACGGCAGUGGCCAGUCCACGCAGAGCAGUGCCAGCAGGCAGCAAGGAAAAUUCGUUGCAGAGCAGCAGAUUUUUCCUCCCUCAAUACAGAUGCAGCCGGUUACCUGUAGCACCAUCCGACCUCCUGCCCCAUCACCCGUUUUCUCCCCAUCUCUGAUGAUCCCACACACCAGCUUCACAUCCCACCAGGCAAACACACCGGUUCAUCUCCACCAGUGGCCACAGCAACAGGUUCAGCGUCUCUACCUUCAGAUGCAAGGUCCUGAGCCCAUGCCCGGGGGUCCGACGCCACGCAUUUUCCAGCCCCCCGCCACCCCGCAGCAGAACCCCCUGAGCUACUUCCUCCACGCGCAGCAGCAGAGCCGCCCGGCGCAGGGCCAGGCCUGCAACCUGCCGGACCUGCCCGAGAUGCAGCUGCCCUGA